UGCGAUCAGAGAUGGGAGUCCCGGGACAAGCAAGAUGGGAAGGGGAGAGGCAGGCAAAGGAUGCAAGUCAGGACAGUGCCAACUCCAGAGCUGCUGUCCAGGACCUACCUGCAGGGAAGGCGGGCACUAGCAAGCCCCAGCCAGCCCUUGUUGACUUAACAGGUGGCUCUGAGGUGGGAGAAGAGGAGGAGGAGAACACACCACUGGAAGACUGGCUCCCAUUGGUCCCUGUCAUGCUUAAAAGAGGCCCAGAGAGGCAGUCUCGACACCUUAGAUCCCAAGAUCUCCAAGGAUUUGGUGGCAUACCCGCUCUAGCACACAGAAGCAUGAGGUUCAUGAGUCUCCUCUUCCUGGCAGCUCUGGCAGGAGCCCUGGUCUGUGCCUAUGACCCAGAGGCUGCCUCUGCCCCAGGAUCGGGGAACCCUUCCCAUGAGGCAUCAGCAGCUCGAAAGGAAAAUGCAGGUGAAGACCCAGGGUUAGCCAGACAGGCACCAAAGCCAAGGAAGCAGAGAGCCAGCCUUCUGGAAAAAGGCCUAGAGGGAGCAAAAAACACUCUGGGGGGACUCGGAAACCUAGGAAAAGAUGCAGUUGAAGAUCUAGAAAGUGUGGGUAAAGGAGCCGUCCAUGACGUUAAAGACGUCCUUGACUCAGUACUAUAG